AUGUCUAUUGCGCGCUUUCUGAUUAUUCCCUUCAGCUUUUUUUCUUUUUUUGCAUAUGGGCUCGAUAAAGACGCGACCUACCGUGUCGACGGGCUGCAGAAACCAGCUGAAAUAAUUGUCGACACCUACGGCGUCCCGCAUAUCUAUGCGGCAGAUCACUACGACGUAUUUUUUGUACAGGGAUUUAACGCCGCCCGCGAUCGGCUCUGGCAGAUCGACCUCUGGCGCAAAAGGGGCCUGGGCGAACUGGCCUCUGCGCUUGGCGAAGAAUAUGUCGCGCAGGACAGCGCCGCGCGGUUGUUUCUCUAUCGCGAUGAUAUGUAUACCGAGUGGCUUGCUUACGGCAACGAUGCAAAAAGAAUUACUGAGGCAUUUACCGCCGGCAUCAACGCAUUUGUGGCACUGACCGAAAAGCAGCCCGAGCUGCUGCCUCCGGAAUUCAACCUGUUGGGAUACAAACCUGACCGCUGGCAACCAGCCGAUGUGGUGCGGAUUCGCAGCAAUGGGUUGUGGCGCAACGUCACCACAGAGGUAUGGCGCGCGCAGCUGGCCUGUCAGAAUCAGCUCGACCUGGCAGCGCAGUGGAAGCAACUGGAGCCAAGCUGGACCACCACAAUCCCUCAAGGGUUAGAUCCGUGUGUCAUCCCGGACAACGUCCUGGAAAAAUAUACCCUGGCCAAAGCACCGGUAGUUUUUGAUCAGGCGGUAACAACAGCAAUCGCCCUGCAGGAUGAAGGUGAUCAUUCUCUUGGCAGCAACAACUGGGUAGUGGCUCCAGAACGAACAGCCACCGGCCGACCCAUACUGGCGGAUGAUCCGCAUAGAGGGCAUGCCACGCCAUCACUACGAUAUAUCGCGCAUCUGGUGGGCCCGGGCAUUGACGUCAUCGGUGCGGGAGAACCCGCCUUACCCGGCAUUUCCAUUGGCCAUAACCAGCAGAUUGCAUUCGGUUUAACCAUUUUCCCCAUUGACCAGGAAGAUUUGUACGUCUACGAAAAAACAGCUGAAGGCUACCGCUAUCAGGGCCGCAGCGAACCUUUCAUAGAGGUGGUAGAGGCUAUCCAUGUCAGAGACAACCCCAGCCAGGAAGUCACACUUCGAUUUACCCGCCACGGGCCGGUGGUUGCAGAGACGAAGACCCACGCCUUUGUUGUGCGUGCCGCCUGGCUGGAACCCGGCAUGUCACCCUACUUCGGCAGCAUCGAAUACAUGCGCGCGCAGAACUGGCGUGAGUUUGAAGCCGCACUGAACCGCUGGGGUGCACCUGCAGAAAACCAGGUUUAUGCCGAUACUGACGGCAAUAUCGGUUACAAACCCGCAGGGCGUUUCCCGGUAAGGGUCAACUGGGAUGGCCUGAUGCCGGUACCUGGUAACGGCCGAUUUGAGUGGCAGGGAUAUUUCGAUAUGGAUGUGCUGCCGGUUGAGUACAACCCGGCCCGCGGUUUCACCGGCACCGCCAACUCCAUGAAUCUGCCCCCUGACUAUCCCAUCAACGACUAUAAAAUCGGCUUCGAAUGGUCGAGUCCCUGGCGCUACAAGCGUUUGUGGGAACUACUGGAAACCCAGGAAAAACACAGCAUGGCCGACUCAAUCAACCUGCAGCGCGACUACACCUCAGUGCUUGCCCGCCGCAUCCUGGCAUUGUUGCCAAAACUGGCUGAUCAACCUCAGGGAAAACUUCUCAGCAAAUGGGACCACGUUCUGAGCCCGGAUUCUGCUGCCGCAGCCUUAUGGAAUGUCUGGUAUACCCGCCACCUGGUACCCGCGCUGGCUGAAGCAUUGGCCGGCAGUCGAGCAGUCCCCGACAAUCCCCUGGACCCACUGACUGUGCUGGAAAUGCUGAAAACACCCGCAGGUCAGAGUACUGCUUACGCCUCGCUGGCGGCGGCUGUUACGGAAACUCAAACAUUGCUGGGAGAUGAACCCCGCCAAUGGCAAUGGGGAGACCUGCAUCGCAUCAAGUUCCAGCACCCGCUGUAUGACCAGGCCCCACCAGCAUUACAGGCACAGAUGAAAAUCACCGACUAUCCUCGCGGCGGCAACGCCAAUACCACCAACAAUACCGGCUACCGAGGGGCAGGUUUUGAUGUCGCCUCUGGCGCUUCUUUCCGUAUGGUGGUUGACGUCGGCAACUGGGACAACGCCUUCGCCACAAAUGUCAGCUAUGAAACGCUGACCUUCAUCGACAGUGAUGGCUAUUCCUAUGUGAAUUACGCCACCACCCGAUCUGAUGUAAACAGCUAUACCGUGUUUCUUGAUAAAGCCGAGAAUCUCGGUGACUACCUGUACAUCAACCCCAACCAAUAUCAGUUUGACGACUCCGAACCGUCAUUCAAUCAACUGAAGUUUGAUCAGGGCAGCUACGCAACAAUCAGUCAGGGUAGUUACAUCAAUACCCAUCAACCAGAGAAGUCGGCGCUGCAGGUCGAGGCAGACGGCACUUAUCGACUGCGCACCUGGGAUGGCACCAAACAAACUAACGGACACUACGGCAUCUGGAACACACCGGACCCGUUUGCGCGUUUUGCCGCGGCAUGGGUUUUCCCAGCGCAGUUUGAGGUCACCGGAUACCACAGUAAUCGCGAAGGUGAAUGGGUUCAGCGAGGCAAUACACUCGCAUUUUUCACCAAUGAUGCAAAUAACCUGGCGUUUGAAUUCACAUACCGGCGCAGAAGCCAGCCCGCGUUCAGUGCGCUCAUGGCUCAGCUCAAAGACAACCAGGCUGUUGCCGUCGAACAACAGGGUAACGGUCUCAAAGUGACGCUCACCAACGAAAUCCUGUUUGCAUCCGGUUCUGCUGAUCUGUCCGAUACAGGUCGGGAGCUCCUGAAAAACGUUGUCAGUAACCUCAGCCACCGCGAAGCUUACAGCUUUAUUGUUGAAGGCCACACCGACAACGUACCCAUCCGCGGCCAGUUGCAGCGUCUUUAUCCAACCAAUUGGGAGCUGUCAGCCAAACGCGCGGGCUUUUGGUGCUUACAAACCACGUGUGCCGAAUGA